GUAAAAGUCACACAUGCGUAGAAGGAAGUUAGUUAGUUGCCAUUUUGUGAAUGCGGACAUUACAUCGGAAAUAAUGAUGUUGUCGUGUAAUUCGUUUAUAAUUUAAAUUAUUCGUACUUGUUUAUUUUACACUCCGUUUUUUUAUUUUAGUUUUUAAUUUUAACAGUUUCAACUUUUUUCUUCUCUAGCCUUAAGAGGCCUGGCUCUCCCGACCGCUGCAUUGUUUUGGUUACCAGUGAAUCAGCCUGUCGUUGUUUUGUGGUUUUCAGGGUUGUUAGAGAUUACAACCUGUAUUGUAAUAUUAUUCAGCCACGUUCCAGCAACGCGGGUACCUUAAACUUCACAGUUUCACAAAGCUGAAAGACCGGAUGGAUGGAGAAGAGGAAUUCUUUUCCGGAGCCCGUUCAGAUGAUGGCGGUGGCACCCCUGUACAGGACGAGCUCGCGCCCGAAUCCCUCGACGAAGAUGACGUGAACAGUGCCAUACGUCGUUUCGAGGAUGAAGACUGUGAGGCAGAAGGUGAAGCCCAUGAUAACCAAUCUAAUGAUGAGCACAUUAUGCAAAAUGAAUAUGAUCUCGGGCAAGGCGACAGCGACUCUGAGAACGGUCUACAUGACAGUCACUUGGAACAGGGUGUUUCCAGACCUACUGCCAGUGACACAAAUGAGGUGGACCUCCUGAAAAGAAGGGAGAGCUCUGAACAUGAUGAACCAAAGCAGCAUAUUAAUGACAAUGAUUCUGAGGAGCAAAUGUCAGUCCAGAGAGGCCAGUCUGGGGAGGCUGACUGUGAGACUGAGGCCAGAAAACAGAAUAUUGAGAUUGGAUCUGAUGACAGGAUGGUCAGCAGAGGCAAAGGUAAACGUAAGGCCAUCAUAGAGUCAGAUAGUGAGGAAGAGGAAACUCUGAAGCAGCCUGCAGGGAGGAACCAAAAGGAGAAUAAAGAGCUGGAGCAGUUGGAAGAAAGUGAUGACAGGAAAGAAAAACCAGUGAAAAGAAAGAAAGCCAUUCUUUCUGACAGUGAGGAUGAAGAGCAUGAGAUAAAGCCAAUGGAGAAGGAAAGCUUACUGUUGGAUGGAGAAAUCUCAGCCAGUGAUGGAGGUUUGCGGUCUUCUGAAAAAUCUAUGGCAGCCAAACUGCAGGAGCUGGGAUCUGAUAGUGAGGAAGAUGAAGAUGGAAACAGAACUGAAUUUGGAAAAAAGGACCAGAAAAACUUGUUUGGCUCUGACAGUGACUCGGUUGAUGAGGAAGAGAAGAUGAUCGCAGAUAUCUUUGGAGAGUCGGGGGAUGAGGAGGAAGAAGAGAUUACGGGCUUCAACCAAGAAGACUUAGAAGAAGAGAAGAGUCAAUCAGGAGUUUCAUCAGAAAAAGCAGCAGUUGAGGAUUCUGACUCUGAUGAUGCAAUGGGAGGAGGGGACAAAGAUGCUAGCUUUGUUUCAGAUUUCGACAUGAUGCUGGCUAGGAAGAAAGCACAAAGUGGCAAGCGAAGGCGGAACCGUGAUGGGGGAACUUUCAUCAGUGACGCUGAUGAUGUGGUCAGUGCCAUGAUCACCAAGAUGACAGAGGCAGCUGAGGAAGAUAGGACAUUGAACAGUCAGAAGAAGCCAGCCCUAAAGAAGCUUACCUUGCUACCUACUGUGGUAAUGCACCUGAAGAAGCAAGAUUUGAAGGAAACAUUCAUAGACAGUGGUGUGAUGACAGCCAUUAAAGAAUGGAUCAGCCCUUUGCCAGACAAGAGCCUUCCAGCCCUUAAGAUAAGAGAGGAGCUUCUAAAGAUUUUACAGGAACUACCUAGUGUGAGUCAAGAGACUCUGAAGCACAGUGGAAUUGGUCGUGCUGUCAUGUUCCUGUACAAACAUCCCAAGGAAUCUAGACCUAACAAGGAUCUUGCUCUUAAACUCAUCAAUGAAUGGUCACGCCCAAUCUUUGGCUUAACGUCCAACUACAAAGGUAUGACUAGAGAGGAACGGCAACAAAGAGAUCUAGACCAGCAGAUGCCUACUCGUCGACAUCUUGGUCUUCAAAAUGAGCAGCCGAAGGUUGAAAAAGCACAGGAGGCAGAUGUGUUCUCCUCCCCACCCAGUUCGGGGGGACAGACACCACGCAGAGACCUUGAGAAAGUGUUAACUGGGGAGGAAAAGGCACUCCGACCUGGUGAUCCAGGGUUCUGUGCCCAUGCUAGGGUACCAGUGCCAUCAAAUAAAGACUACGUAGUUCGCCCGAAGUGGAAUGUGGAUGUAGAAGCUAAUCGGGGCCCAAUGAAGAGGGGUCUAUCUCGUGUGGACAAGCAGAUGCGCCGUUUUGCUGACAUAAAACGGCUGACAAAAACUGGUCAUGCAGUUAAGAUAAGUGUAGAGGGAAAUAGGAUGCCUCUCUGAUUUUAUUUUUUUUUAAAAAAAAAAAAAAAAAAA